GUUGUGUAAGGAAGAAUUUUCCUAAAAUAUGGUUGUAACUUGUAAUUUAAAGAUCCAGAAGAAAGAGGAGACUUUUAUUUUAUUUUUUAUUUUUUUCUGAAAUAAUAAGAGUAUAAAGAACUCGAAGAAAAAGAGAAACUGAAAUAUAGCCUCUAGGUCAUCAUCUCAUCAGGCCAUGGAGGGGAAUAACCAAGUGAGUCACGUGACCGCAGGGCCAAGCAGCAGCAGCAGCAACGAAGCAAGACUGGCUAUACUGGAGCUGGCCAACAUGAUCAGCGUCCCCAUGUCUCUAAACGCCGUUGUUCGACUUAACGUCGCCGACGCCAUCUGGCAGGGCGGUUGCAACACUCCCCUCUCCGCCUCUGACAUACUUGCACGCGUCCUCCCUAAUGGCGGGGGCGACGCCGAGAACCUCCAGCGCAUCCUCCGUAUGCUCACCAGCUACGGUGUGUUUGAGGAGCAUCUGAGCAACCUGGACGACGGCUCCGACGACAGAAAGUUCUCCCUCACUCCAAUCGGUCAAACCCUCGUCACGGACCAAAACGGCUUGUCGUACGGCCCUUAUGUCCUCCAACACCACCAGGAUGUGCUUAUGGGAGCGUGGCCGAUGGUUCACGAGGCGGUGGUGGACUCCACGGUGGAGCCAUUUGUCAAGGCGAACGGUGAGCCGGCUUACGAGUACUACGGGAAAAAGCCGGAGAUGAACGGCCUAAUGCAAAAGGCGAUGUCGGGUGUGUCAGUGCCGUUCAUGAAGGCGAUUUUGGACGGCUACGACGGAUUUGAAGGGGUGGAGAGGUUGGUGGAUGUGGGAGGGAGUGCAGGGGAUUGCCUGCGGAUGAUCCUACAGAAGCAUCCUAAUGUGAGGGAAGGAAUUAACUUCGACUUGCCUGAAGUCGUUGCCAAGGCACCAACUAUAGCUGGAGUGAGUCAUGUUGGUGGUGACAUGUUCAAGUCAAUUCCUAGGGGUGACGCUAUUUUUUUUAAGUGGAUUUUAUCAACGUGGACGGAUAGCGAAUGCAAGGUGAUACUGGAGAAUUGUUACAAAGCACUUCCGGAAGGAGGUAAGCUUAUAGCUUGUGAGCCGGUGUUGCCGAAGAAAUCAGACGAGAGUCAUAGGACCCGUGCGCUCCUAGAAAACGACAUAUUCGUGAUGACCAUCUACAGGGCCAAGGGCAAGAAUAGGAGCGAAGAUGAACUCCGGCAGCUCGGUCUCUCCGCUGGUUUCUCCCAUUUCAAACCAUUCUACAUCGAUUAUUUCUACACCGUCAUAGAAUUCCAAAAGUGAAGUUUCAUUUGGCUUAAAUUCAACUUUGUUGUGCUUUGCUCCUUUUGAUUAAGAAGAAUAAGAAUUGUAAAACUUCCAUUUGGCUUAAAUUCAACUUUGUUGUGCUUUGCUCCUUUUGAUUAAGAAGAAUGAGAAUUGUAAAACUUGCAUUUGGCUUAAAUUCAACUUUGUUGUGCUUA